AUUUUUUAUUUUUAUUUUAUAUUUUGCUUUUUUGUUCGUCCUCUUCUGGGGAACGUAUGUAUUUCAGGUUUCUACUUAGUUCUUUUGACAUUAGUAGAAGCGUUCUUGAAAGCAUUUAAAACUUCAUUAAAUCAUUCACGCGUUUUUCCUGUUUUUACAUUUUAAAGAGCAUGUUCCCGAUGGAGAAAAAUUGAUUACAGCACUUGACAAGUGAUUUGGCUGAAUUUCCAUAUUUCUUUAGAGCAAAGUUCUUGUAGAACACAUAUUGAGGGCAGGUCUUGAGCUCUUGAUAACACAAAAAUCCUGUAAAGUACCCUUUAGCGAAAUAGCAAAAAAACAGCAUGACUUCCGAUAAUAAAUUGGUCGACGUUUCUAGGAAACACUUUACAAGAUCCCAAUCGAAGGAACGAUUGAAUGUUUCGUGGUAUCGUAGACCAGAUAUGAUAUCUUGUACAGAAAGAAAGCACAAAAAAUUUUAGAAAAAUAAAGCAACAUGUCUAGACUUUCGUAAAUAUUAGUUGGACCAUGUUCACUAUUUGUCUACGUCUUGGGGGGGGGGCGAGGGCUUGUUAGUGAUUCACCUGAUUGAAACUGAAAAAGGAAGAAAUGCAUCUGGAAAACCACUUGACAGGUAAAAAGAAGGUAUAUGACCUCUGCACAUGUCUGCAAUGCGUAGUUAUUAUAAAUUUCGAACACUUGAUAUAUAAACCUAUGAAGCUUUUUUUCGAAAUGCCCAAACUUGAAGAACUCAGCUCUAAAGCAAUUAGUUACUUUAAAUUUCCCAAACGACGAAAAUUAAAAGUAUGGUACCAAUCAACUGAGAAAGAGCUGUCACUUUCAGCCCUUAAUGUCACCUUGCUGCGUUUUACCUAUUGGCCUUCGAUGUGUAUAUUUUUUCCAGAUGUUAAAGGUCUCCCCCAGAAUAGUUAUCACGCCGUCCACCGUCGCAUAAUCAACAUGGAAGAUGGGACUAAUGGAAGGAAUAUACUAUAUACAGAAUACAGCCCUUAUCUUCCUCGAAACGCACCGGACAAAAAGGCAAAAUAUAUCUGUCGUCUUUCCGACCACAAUUCUUUCGUGUUAGAUUGAAAUUUUGUUAAACCUUCCCGCUCAAAUUUAUUGUUGUGAGCAGAGCCACGCAAACGUGGACUGUCGUUUUCGUUUGAAAACGACAAUGGACCUCAUUGUUGGCUAUAUAACUGCUGAUGCAAGUAUUAAAGACAUUUCUUUGCAGAAUUACCAAAACAAGGAAGAAUACUUUUUCACUACCUUCAUAAAACUUGCUUGCUCGGCAUUUAACGAUCUCCUGAAACAAAACUAUCAAACAAAACAAGAGAACCUGAUUCUUAUCGAGGGGAAAAAGAGGGAAGAAGACCAAUGCAAAAAGCUUAAGAAAGAACUAACAGAUUUGAGAAAUAAACAGGAAAAUCUCGAGAAAUGUGAGAAGUGUGUUACAUAUGAAGAAGACCGCCAUGAAUUUGAACAGAAGUACACCAAACUAGAAAAGCAGUUCAAAAAAUGUGCGUUUAUUAUAAAUUCUUCUCUGGAUGGAGAUAAUAAAAUCCUUGGACGCGUCCGUGAUAUUGUCUCACAGUCUGUUGUUAAAAACAACAAUCCCCAAGAUUCUGGAAAUGCUGUUUUCUCACAGAGGGAACCAGAGCUUCCUAAAACACUUUCCAUUUGUGACUACCCUGUGGAUAUGAAACAUGUGUGGUCAUUGGAUGAUGAUGAUACCAGCAUUCUGGCUCCUUCGUCUCCCGAAGGCAAUGACAUGGAAACACAGCGUUUUGGUGGUCCUGGAGAAGAUGUUGUCGUUUGCAUCCCCGAAACGGUACCCUUUGACCAUCCUCAACAAGGGACUACUACGCAAAAGUUCUUUCAGAACAAAGCCUAUGCUUUAAGCCCAAUAAUGUACAAAAGGUCUUCCUCAAAACUUGGUGAUAGGAGGGCAGUUUCACCUGUCAAUAUCCAAGGAACUACUAAAAAACAAUCAAAAAUUAACGCAGAAACAUCUCUGGAUGAAUCAAUUUACAGCCCACCUAUUUUAACGGACUUUGGCUUACCUUCCCGUCCCUCUUCUUUUCUCAGUCCUACCAAGCAACGUGCUGAAGAAAAAACAUGUAAAAAAACAAAAGGAUCUCGUUCUUUAGUGAAUGAAUCGAAGAAAUAUGUUCAACCUCCUUUGUCGGAGCAGCAGCAAAGAACACCAACCAGCCAGAGACAUAAAUCGCUAAAGCAGACAAAGCUAACUUUGGGCAGGUUGGCCAAUGAUGUAGCUCCAGAACUAGCUAUUGCUGCUACUGUCAAAACUCGAAUGCCUACCAAAACCAUCAGAGUCAAUCCGCCAGCAAAGGCAGAAAGUAAGCGAAGGCGUCGGGGAAAAGGCCCAGAAGACUGGGAUUGCAAGGAGUGUUAUAGGUUGUUUGAAAAAGCUGUGGCAGCGAAGAAGAUCGAUGUGAGUAAAAUGCCGGUUGCGAUGAACUUUUGUGACGUCCAUUUUAACCGCUAUAGUUACUAUCUCAACACACCUCCAAAUUUCUGGGAUUGCGGUAUCGGCAAGCCUCCACGCAACGGCCAUCUUCAUCCAUUAGAUGCUUCAGCGGCAGAGGACGACGACGACUUCAUGUGAUGACGACGUAACUUUUUGUGAUUUUUACCUUAUAUAUUUUUUUUUACGCUCUUGGUUCGCACAUAAGGAUUUCUUUUUUCUUUCACCGCGUGCCAAAGUGUCCUCCGUGAUCAUUCGUUAGAAAUAAAAUUUUCUAUUUUCUGCUUA